AUGUCUUUGGAGGUCCGACAGCAUCCUCCGUCCUCACGCAUUUGCACAUCUCCAUACCUUCGAAUCAUGCGCUGGUCCACCAUCUACCAGAUCUUGGUUGCUGCCGCGACCCUGAGCCAGGCUCUUAUCAUCCCGAGCGACAUCUCCGCCGAUGGCGUCUACAAAGUCAUCACCAAGACUGAUGGCACUGAAGUGCACACAAAGGUGGCCAGCGUCUCCGCCAGGUCCGAGAUCUCCUCUAUCCGCUCCCUGCACCGCCGCGCUUCAUCAGAUUACACCUGGUGCGGCUGCGGCACCGUGCUAGAUCCUGCACGCUGCGAUGAUGCGAACGCGGAUCUACAGAGGCAGCUGGUCCAAUACGGAGCGAUUGGGCCCGGUCUAUCGUACUACUCCAUCCGAGGAAACGUGGUCGCCUUCGCGUGUAGUCGAGACAGUGUCCCCAUACGCUGGGGCGGCCGACAGAUCGAAACGAACAAUUGGCACAUCACGCAAUCCUGUGGCCCUUACACUGCCGGAACACUACAAAUCGGCAACAGCUAUUUUGGCUACAUGCGAUAUGCAAACGGCGUCGAUUUCUGCCGCGACAGCGACAGAUAUACUCGCCACACUUGCUAG